AUGCUGAAGGCCAAGUAUGUGUGUAUAGAUUUCCUUUCUGAAAUGAAGAAUCAGAGCAGACACUACCGACUACACCACCAGGCCCAAAAUAACUUGAUAGUGGAUGGUAAGCAGUUCCACAUUAGGAAUUCAAGAAACAACAGAACUAACCAACCGUUUUUAACUGUAAAACAAAAUACAAGGGAGAGCAGCCGUUCAUCCUCUGCUGGAAAUUCACCGGAGACGAAGGUGGGUUCGCAUCAGGCAUCACCGCUGAUUGAUGCUGUCUCCAUACCAGAUACCACUGUUCUCCACGAUGCGCCAUCGGCAUUAGUUGAUACCAGAGAGGGUGAUUACCCUCCGGUACGCAACUAUGAGGAUGUGAAAUAUGUAUGUUAUUUGGAGUCCAUAAAGUUAUGGGCAAUUGCAGGACCUAUAGCCUUUAACAUCCUCUGCAACUAUGGCGUUAACUCUUUUACAAAUAUAUUUGUUGGUCACAUUGGGAAUUUAGAGCUCUCAGCAGUUGCCAUUUCACUGUCUGUCAUCGCAAACUUCUCUUUCGGAUUCUUGCUUGGCAUGGGAAGUGCCCUUGAGACACUGUGUGGACAGGCAUUCGGGGCCGGACAAGUAGAUAUGCUUGGUGUAUAUAUGCAACGCUCCUGGAUAAUCCUAACUGGUACCUGCAUUGUUCUAUUGCCACUUUACAUAAACGCGACGGAAAUUCUAAAGCUACUUGGACAAGAAGAGGAUAUUGCUGACAUUGCUGGAAAAUUUACGAUCCAAGUUAUUCCACAAAUGUUUUCGCUGGCCGUCAAUUUCCCAACCCAAAAGUUUUUGCAGGCACAAAGCAGAGUUGCAUUUCUCGCAUGGAUUGGUUUCGCAACUCUAAUCGUGCAUAUAAUAAUGCUUUCUAUCUUCCUGAAUGUGUUCAAAUGGGGCUUAACUGGUGCUGCGUGGGCAUACAAUAUCUCCGCUUGGGGGAUUGCUUUAGCUCAAGUUGUUUAUAUUGUUGGUUGGUGCAAAGAGGGGUGGAAAGGAUUGUCUUGGCUAGCUUUUAAGGAUCUUUGGGGAUUUUUAAAACUGUCAAUCGCUUCGGCUGUGAUGAUGUGCCUAGAGAUUUGGUAUUUUAUGACCAUUAUUGUUCUCACUGGACACCUUGAAGAUCCUAUAAUUGCAGUUGGGUCUCUUUCUAUCUGCAUGAACAUCAAUGGCUGGGAAGGCAUGCUGUUCAUUGGAAUCAAUGCAGCAAUAAGUGUCCGAGUCUCGAAUGAGCUUGGAUCAGCACACCCAAGAGCUGCAAAAUACUGUGUCAUUGUCACAGUUCUUGAGUCUCUCCUUAUCGGAAUCUUUUGUGCAACACUUAUCCUGGCAACUAAGGACCAUUUUGCUGCCAUAUUUACAGAGAGUGUAGAAUUGCAGAAAGCCGUAUCUAAAUUAGCUUUCCUUCUCGGUAUAACCAUGUUGCUAAAUAGUGUUCAGCCUGUGAUAUCAGGUGUUGCUGUAGGAGGAGGAUGGCAAGCCUUGGUGGCUUACAUUAACUUGUUUUGUUAUUACAUCGUCGGCCUUCCAUUAGGGUUCAUACUCGGUUAUAAAACAUCGUUAAAAGUCGAGGGUAUAUGGAUUGGCAUGAUCUUUGGAACUCUUCUGCAGACAAUAAUUCUCUUGGUUAUCAUUUACAAAACCAACUGGAACAAGGAGGUUGAUGAGGCAAAUGAGAGGAUGCGUAAAUGGGGCGCGUCGCUCGAACCAGAGAAAACAUAGUGACAACUUCCUUUUUUGCACUGAAAUGCCAUGGAAAUACAUUUUCUAGUCACUAAAAUGUUCCAGGCGGGCUAGUAUUUUGUUCUUAUACCCUUUUUGUUUACCCUUUAUUGGUUUGGUUCUGUAAAUCAAAGAUAUAGAGUGUAAUCAUUUAGCUCUAUAACAUUGCAAUUGCAAAGCAUGUAU